AUGGAUAAGGGAGGCAGCGCAGCUCCUACUGGCUGCUACAAGUGCGGGCGGCCAGGCCACUGGUCUCGCGACUGCCCUUCCAACCCCAAUAUCAACAGUAGUAGCAAUGAUAAUCCCACAAAAACAUUUGCCCCAAGGCUCAAAAGCAGCAGUAAUAAUCCCAUCGAGAAGCCCAAGCCGAAGCAGAGACGAAGCAGGCCGAAGCUGACUCCAGAUCUGCUCCUCUCUGAGACCACUGGCAUUGGUUACAUUCUACGCUAUUUCCCUAAGGCCUUCAAGUGCCAUGGCCGAGGUCGCGAGGUUAGUGAUCUGCGAAACCUACUUCGCUUGUAUGCCGACUGGCACUCACGUUUACUUCCGUAUUAUGAUUUCGGUCAGUUCAUACGUAAGGUGGAACAAGUGGGCACUACCAAGCGGGUUAAGGUCUGUCUAAGAGAGCUACGUGAGAGAAUUGCUGAUGGGGUGGAUCCGAUGAAUCUCCACGAGCCACGAGUUCAUAAAAACUCAGUCGAUGAAGGUGGCGCAGACAUGCCAAGUAAUUUCCAGGAAAAUGAUUUCCCAAGGGAAGAAGAGACUAAUAGUUUUCAUGAAGACGCACCCCAAAAUGACUGGGAAAAGGUCACUCAAGAAACUCAUAUGCCUCCGCAUGUGGAAAGCAAUAAUGCUGAUUCCGAUCACAACAAAAUUUCAGAAGAACAAAAGGCUCUAAUGGAAGCUAACCGGUUGAAAGCAUUAGAGAGAGCAGCAGCCAGAAAGAUAAUUCGCUCUGCACCUCCUCCUGCUUAA